UGAAGAAUAGAAUGAUUUUAGCUUUUGAUUUCGAGUGACCCAUCAAUUUAAUGGCUGGACGUCGGCUAAUCAAAGCCACCAUAGCGGAUGCAAGUAAGGAUUUAAUAAGUCCUCUCCCGGUAGAGGUAAAGCACAGAAUUUUGGAGUGUUUGCCCAUCAGAGACGCUGCCAGAACUGCUCUACUCUCAACCCACUGGAAAGAUGUUUGGUUGCAGCAUGGGAGGCUUGCGUUCGAUUGGGACUUCACAUUAAGUGUCGAAGAGGGUCACGAUGAUGAAGGCAGAACUCUGGUUGACAUAAUAAAUAAUAUUCUCCUUUCCCGUGCUGGACCCGUUAAGAAAUUUACUCUACUGAUUGCAAAGCGCGGCAGUCUGAUUUCGAUAGGUGGUGUCUUUUUCUAUCAUGAAAUGGUGUGGAAGAGCUUAACAUAUUUCUUUUAAAUUGUGGAGAGGCUGAAUAUAAGCAGCUGCCAUUUUGUAUACUCUCGUGCCCCACAAUUAAGCAACUGAGUGUCCGAGGUCCCUUUAUUGAUUUGCCGGUAAAUAAUGUUUGGUGGUAUAUUUUCCAAUGUCACUUCAUUAUCUUUUUCGUGGGUUGAAUUUAGACGCACUGUUAAUGGAAUGGAACUGCCUCUAGUAUUAGUAUUCCUAACCUUGAGAGGCUGAAUUUCUUAGAUUGUUUAGGGAUUACUAAAUUUGAGAUCAGCGCUUCAAAACUUGAAAUGUUGUCUGUUCGUCAUUCUGUGUGUAAUGUGGUUGAAUCAAGAUGGUUGACACCUCAUUUGAAAACAAUUAAGGCUCUUUGGUUGUGUGGCUCUUCCUUGCCGUAUAUGGACGCAUCUUUGUUUGCAACUGCAAUAAAUCUCCAAGUACUGGGGUUGUAUGAAUUAAGUUUUGGUUGUGAGAAGCAGCUCACCGAUGCUAUGCAAUUGCUUCAAAAAUGCCCCAACCUAUGUGAACUGAGAAUUAUGGCUCAUCAAAAUGUAUGCAAACGUGAUAAAGAAGCUGCUUCAAGACUUUUGGAAGAUCCAAAUGGUUUCUUUAUUGUUCAGGAUCUAAAGAUGCUUAACACAAUCAAGAUUGAAUCAUUUUGUGGAUCCACAGUGGAAAAUGCUUUUGUAAAAAUGCUGCUCUCAAAAUCCCCGCACUAG